UCUCCUAUUAAAAAAGAACCAAAUCAAGUCAAGUACUAAAACUCCAAAUCACAACUAAGGCACCGACGACUUUUAUUAAAAUCAUAUUUAACUUAUCAAAUUCAAUGCAAAUUAUUGAUAAUACAGAUUCUGCAGAAAACUGUGAAUUUAGCUCUAAAAAUGGAGAAAAAUAUAACAAACAAAAAAAAAAGAAAAUUCCGAUCAAAUGGGAGUCCACAAUAUCUAACAAAAAUAUAGUGAGAAAUUAAAUAAAUAAAGAAGCUGCCAUUACAGGUGAAACGAUCAUACACUAAGAAAAUCGAAAACUCGCCAAAAACUAAUCCAUAAAACCCAAAACGAAAAAAGAAAGAGAAAAAAAAACAAUCUGACAGACAAGAGAAUCAAAUCCACCGUACGAUGAACAGUGUAAAGAGGGACAUAAGAAGCUGGAUCGAUUCACUCAAAUGUCUUAACCUUAACUCAUCUAUCACAAAGAUCUAUUAAAAGUAUAAUCAGAGACAAACAAACAUAUAUGGAAAAUCAACUAGAAUAAAAAAUAAUCUUUAAACAAGUGUAUAUAAAUUAAUUAAUAUUGAAAAUAAAAAAUAAAAAAAUGGGAGAGAUUUUGUUACCUCAGACCCACAUCCCCUCUAAUCGCUCGUUUGAACAGAGAAAAUCUCUCAAACACUCACUCCCAAAUCGGCGACAAUUAUUAUUAUACAAAACUUAGAAAUAUACGAAAGUUAUAUUUUAAAUAAAAAUGUUAUUUCCGAGAAAUAAUAAUAAUAAAUACCAAAAAUAUGAAAACAGUUUUUUUUUUCGCAGAGAGAGAGAGAGAGAGAAAAUCUAAGAAACAGUUAAGAAGAAAGUGAGGAAUAAUCGAAACUCCAUGGGAGAAGAGAAGAGAAGAGAAGGAAAGGAAGGGAAACUCUCAGAUCGUCUUCGUUGAUCCGAUGGGCCAACUCUAUAAUCUCUCUCUCUCUAGACUCUCUGUAUCUCUCUAUCUGUCUCUCUCCUUUUCUCUCUGAUUCUUAAAAAGCAAAUGAAAAUAAAAAAGAAAAGAAUAAGAGCUUUUAUAUUCCUUUUUUUUUCUUUUAUUUUUCUCGGAUUUGGUGUCUUCUCUUUCCUUAUAGAGUGAAGAGAGAGAGAGAGAGAAGUUCGGUGAAGAGAGAGAAAGAGUAAGAGAGAUCCCGUAAAAUAAAAAUAAAUAUAUAUUUACAUUAAAAAAACGAACGAAGGACACUUCUAACAACAGAGACGCGAUAUUAUUUGUCAACAUCUGGUCUCCCUUUCUCUCUCUCUCUUUUGCCUCUCAUCAUUUUUACAUUUUUUUUCCAGUUUUUACGCUGAAUAAUUUAAAGUGGCUUUUCUCUUUGUUUUUCAGUUUCACCUGUAAUUCAUUUCUAAUUUUAAUCCGUCCCAAUCUUUCGUUAGAUCGUAUAGUUUUACUUUUCAUUUUAGUAAUGAUUUUUAUUAUAUUUUAUCUUACAUAUUUAAAAUUAAAACUGUUUUAAAACAAAAAAAAUAUUUGUAUCGGAAAUGUAUUUCAUAUUUAAACUUUAUCUUAAAAUUGUCGUCUAUUACUUUACUAUCAGAAAAAUUUUUUUUUAGUCGUGUUACGUUAUAUAUUACUCAUCAUUAAAUUAUCUUCACAAUUUACCAAAAGGGAUAUUAAGCCUUUAACGUAAUAAGCAUUAAAUAGUCUCGGUUAACCGAAUCGGAAAUUAAAAGAAUUGCUUUGUUUUAACCAAUGAUGGACGACUUUAUUUAAUUUAUGUUUGUCGAUUAGUUAUUAUUUUACUAAAAAUAUGUUAAAAACUUUCUUGUGAUUAAUUUUUUAAAAUUUAUUGUAUUACUUAAAAUGUAAAAUUUGAUCAUAAAUGUAUCGAACUAGUCAAUUAUUUAGAAUUUUGAAUGUAAUCUAUGAAUUAUCUUAAAUAGUUAUAUACUAAACUAGUCAAUUAUUUUUUUUGAAUUAAAUGUAAUCCAUUAUUUGUUUCCUAAUUGGACAUGUAUUAAUUGUAUCUCAUUUUAUCAAUGUUUUAGAUACAUUUUAUUGACUAUUUAUUUUGAUAUAUAGGUAUAUAACUAUUAUAUUUUAUCUUCCAUAUUUCAAAUUAAAACUGUUUUAAAAGAAAAAAUAUUUGUAUCGGAAAUGUAUUUCAUAUUUAAACUUUAUCUUAAAAUUGCCGUCUAUUACUUUAUUAUCAGAAAAAUUAUUUCUUUAGUCGUGUUACGUUAUAUGUUAGCUCAUCAUUAAAUUAUCUUCAUAAUUUACCAAAAGGGAUAUUAAACCUUUAACGUAAUAAGCAUUAAAUAGUCACGGUUAACCGAAUCAGAAAUUACAGGAGUUGCUUUGUUUUAACCAAUGAUGGAGGGUUUUAUUUAAUUUAUUUUUCUCGAUUAGUUAUUAUUUUACUAAAAAUAUGUUAAAAAACUUUCUUGUGAUUAAUUUUUUUAAAAUUUAUUGUAUUACUUAAAAUGUAAAAUCUGAUCAUAAAUGUAUCGAACUAGUCAAUUACUUAGAAUUUUGAAAGUAAUCUAUGAAUUCUCUUAAGUAGAUAUAUACAAAACUAGUCAAUUAUUUUUUUGAAUUAAAUGUAAUCCAUUAUUUGUUUCCUAAUUGGACAUGUAUUAAUUGUAUCUCAUUUUAUCAAUGUUUUAGAUACAUUUUAUUGACUAUUUAUUUUGAUAUAUAGGUUUCUGACUUAUUAUUAGUACAUCUACUGAUAUAUAUUCAAAAUAUGUGUUGAUUAAAGUGAAAACAUAUCAAGUUACUUGAGAGUAUUGCGAUAUAAUAUGAGAGGAGUCAUGAGAAGUGAGAUGAGGUCAACAAGAGAGUUUUUAUGAACUUGGAAGAAGAGAAUAUUUGUGGUCCAAAAAGAUGUGUUGAUUAAACAUAUAGUUUAGUGUUUUUAUGUUGAUGUCAAUCGUUGUAGAAGUAUUUAUUUUACUAUCAAAAUAGAAAUUAUUAUGAAAAUAACAAAAACAAAUAUGUAAAAAUAAUAUUUUGAAUAAUAUUUUAGAAAAUUAAAAUAAUUUGAGAUUUUUUUGAACAUUUUUAUUAAUAUUUUAAGAGAAUUAACACUACCAUUUAUAUACUAUAUCUCAUGACCAUUUUAAUUUUUUUAGCAACAAAUUCAUUCAUUUCAAAGAGGAGACAAUUAAAAUGAGUUUAAAUAUUUAAAUAGCAUUUUUGGCCAUUUUCAUAACAGUUAUAAUAGAAUAAUAAUUUAAAUUGUUAUAUGACAUAUAUAUUGAUAAAACUGUAAUUUCAGAUAAAGACUAGUUUUUCAUUCAUAUUUUUGUUUUCCUCACUAACAGAUUAAGUAAAAAUACAUACAUAGCAGGGUGAUUUUUGGGAUUUAUUGGGAUGUAGAUAAAUGUUUUAGCUUUGACUUUUAUCUACAGCUUUUAAAACUAUCAAUCCCGCUUUAAGUCAAUUUUUAAACCUACAACAAGGAAAAUUAAAAAAUAGUUGUAACCCUUUUAUUUACUAAUGUAGUAGCUUUUGAAAUGUAGGGAAAAUAUAUAGUUGUAAGAGUAUAUUCCUCAUAUCUUUUUUUUUUAUUUUUGUUUUCUUAUAACUACAGCCGAUAUAUCUAUAACAAUCACCCUCUAUGUUUAGUUUUGUAUCUUGAAAUUUGGAUUAAAAAUACGAGUACAUUUUUGGGUAAAUAGAACAUACCAAAUACAUUUUUAGGUUAAAAAGUACAUUUUUGGUAAUAGAAGUUGCUUUUUAAACAUGUGAUAUUUGCUACAGUCUUUUCUUGUCGUAACUUGGGUUAUCUGAGGUGAUUAGAAUAUGUAUUAAACAACUAAAUUUCCAGAUCGAACGUACAAUUUUACCUACCCCGUUUUAGGAUCUUGGGUAAUGCUUUCCCUUGGAUUUGUUGGAACCUUUAGACUUCACGGAACAAGCUCAUCUUCGAAUCAAGAUCGAUCUUUCCUCAGGAAGCUAUCUUCCAAUCAAUCGGCACCAUGAAUAAAUGGGAAUUAGCCCAACCAUCUUGCCCUUUGCUGCCCGCAUUUUGGUCCCUAUGUCACGAUCUAUGGACUCUCCGACAGCUACAAUCUUUUGUAACACUGACGCCGCUUGGAGAUCAGAGUCCAAAUAUGUCGGCCUUGCAUGGAUCUUCUCUGAUCAAUCAGAGAUGCCUUGUUUCAUGCAGCCUCUCUCAACCUCUCUUACAUCUGUUUCAGAAUAGAUUCACAAGUGCUUGCUCAAACAAUCAACAAGAGAACUUCGACGAUGGAACUAUUCAGGUUAUUGUCAGACAUCGACUCCCUCAUCUUCUCUUCCAAUUCCCCCUUUAUUUUCUGCAAUGUUGUUUAUGUUUCACGUGUUCCCCUUUUGCUAGGCCUGCAAAUUUACUGGCGAAAACUCAACUUUCUUCUCAUUUGGGUUUAAACUCUAGGACCUGAUAAGCCCAUCGUCCUAUUUUAAUUGCUAUCUUAUGUUGAACAAAAAAAAAACAUACAAUUUUACCCUUAGAUUUUUUUUACCCCUAGAUUAUUCCUUCGAUAUAUGUACUCUCAUAUUUUUGGGAGUUCAUUUUAGAAUGAAACAUGUAUAAUAUUAUGUAUUUGUUCUUUUUCUUUUUCAUUAGUCUUUAGGCAAAAUGAUAAACAUUUAUUAGUGUAUGUUUUUACCCUACAUAAAAAAACAAUUAUAUUUGACAACCGUUAUAUUGCCUAUCGCUAUGCCUCGCUUAAAUGAAUUUUACAUGCAGACCCGGCUUUCAGUAUGUGCGGACGGCGCAAAUGCACAGGAUCCUAAAAUUUUACUUGAUUUUCCUUACAAGAAAAGGACCCAAAAUUUAGAAAAAAUCUUGUUUUCUGAAGAAAAUAUAAACGGCGGUGAAAAGCAAUCUGAAAACUAGGUUUCAUCUUUCUGAUGAAGAAGAAUACGUGAUGUUUAAAAAGGUCACAUGAGAUUUAGUUAUUUAAAGGGCCCUUUAAACCUUAUUUAGCACAUAAUCUCUUCUAAGUUUGAGUCGGGCAUGUUUACAUGUCGACAAAAAAUGUACAUUUUUCUUAAACGAUAUAAAAUAAUUAUUUUAAUCUUUAUAAACUAAUUAUAAAGUUGAAAGAAACACUUUCUAUCCCUGUUGAAAUGACAUAAAAGGGUACAUUUCAUCUUGUAUAAUCUCCUUUUUAUUUCCUCUACUAUAGUCUAUAGUAGGGUUCACGUCUCCAUUUGUUUUUUUUUUUUUUGGUAGGAUCACGUCUCCAUUUGUUUGAUAAACAUAAGACGCGUUGUUUCAUUAAUUGAGCAAAUCAUAUCUUGCUCCUUGUGCUUGCUUUGAGCCUUUGACUGCAUAAAACACGUUUCUAAGCAAUUUUAAAACAUGUUUCUUGAAAACUUCUGUAAAACUUUUUAACUUGGUUACCAAAAGAAAUUUAUAUAAAAACUACAACGAGUUGUGUUAUUUUAGCAUGCAAGUAGUUAAUGAUGAACUGAGGAUCCUAAUCUAACCAGUAAUAAGGUUCAUGUCUAAUUGUGUGCAUUUCCAUUUUUAUGAUAGCGGAGUUAAUAUUGAGAAAAGUAAGUAGUCACUCCGUAUCGUGAUCUUGACAAAAUGGUUUUUCACUUUUCAUCUAGAGACUCUACAACAUUCAUAAAAUACAUAUUUUUUUAAACUAUCUUAAAAAUAAAUUAAAUUAUAAAUUAAAAAUUAUUCAACCAAAUAUAAAAUAAACCAUAUAUAAAAUAUAAUUAAUUAUACUCAAUAAAUCAAUACAAACAGAACAUCUUGCAUAUGAAAAAAUGUUCAAACCAUGGUGUUCCAUGUCCAUUCAUAAUUUAUGAAAAUGAUUAUGAAAAUGAUUAUUUUUUAAAUAUCUUGGAAGCUUCUUCUGAUUUGAAUAAAUGUACAUGUAACGUUUACUCAAUUGAUUAUUAAGAAAUAUACUAUAUAGACUAUAGAUAAAUCAACACUUGAUAAUUUUAAUUAAAAUAAAUUAAUAAAAAUUGAUUUCAAAUUGUUCUGAUUCAAAAAAUGACAAAAUAAAUAAAAUUAUAUAUUUUAAAAAUUAGAUGUAAAUAUAUGAUCUCGAAUUUAAAUCAUAAACUAAUUAAUAAUAUAUAUAUAUAGUUUACAUUAGUGCAAACUUAAUAUUGUAUUAUCUGUUUUAUAUUUACAGUGGAAUAUAUUUAUACUUUUAGCACUUCAAUAUAUUUUGAUGAUUUAGUAAAUUUAUAUCUAAAACUAUAUUAAAUUAUAUGAAAUCUAUUUGAUAUCCACAAAAUAAUAUAAUAAAAUAGAAAGUUGAAAUUCUAAAUUUUUACUAAUGUAUAUACAUUAAAAUUAAAUAUAUCGACACAGUAAAGUAUAUACAGUAAAUUUAAAAUUAAAAAUUUACUAAUGUAUAUACAGUAAAAUAUUUUGUAAAUUAAUAUUAUAUCAAUUAAAAAAAUACAUUCUCUUAUUUACAAAAAUUGUUGUAACAGAACUAAUUUAAUAUCGACACAAAAUUGAAUGUCAAGGACAUGUUAAAAGCUAAGACACUUGAUUAGGCCAAAUAGUUUUCCCUAAUUUACAAGUUUGAUGAUAACACAACUUAAUUUCUGAAUGAAGCAUCAUUUGUUUAUCAAUUAGGUUAGAUUGAGAAAAAGCAUGAGGGUCCCACCGUCGAGGCAACUUUGAGGUUUUCAGUUUGAAUGUGCGUCGGAAUUUAAUUGGCCCUAACUUUGAAGAUAAUUACAGUUUUGGGAUUGGUUUUGGAUACUUUUGUAGUUUUGUUUCUUCUGGACGUCCCUGAUUGGUUGAUCUUCUACUUAAACAAAAUAUCAUUUAAAAAAGGCUUCCUUGUGGAGAUUAUUACAUAGAAUGCCAUUCUUCCGAGGAAAAGCAUGUUUCUUUCGACUUAGCUACGUGUCCCUUUAGUGAUUGGACAUGAAGAUAAUAUUCAAUCUAGUUGUAUCUAUUUUUUUUUUUGUUAAUUUAUCGACCGAUGUUAAGUCAACUUGGAAUGUUAAUAAUUAUUUUAAUCCACACCGGUGGUGGCGAACAAAGAUAUAAAACACGUAAAUAAAUAAUUAUUUCUUCUGCUGAUAUACACACUAACAUUAACGGUAACGUGUUUAUGCAUUAUUAAUUCAACACGUUAGAACCCGUAUGAAUUUUAUAUUUCUGGCUUGUGUAAAAUAAUCACAAGUACAAACUUUUUUAUGUUGUUAAAAUUAUUCCCUAACCGAAAAAAUUUAUUUAAUUAUGGUUUUUAAAAAGAUAGGGUAGAUCUAGAAGUGGAGAAAAAGUAAAGUAAAGAGAUAAAAUUUAAAACUACUUCUUCCUGUAAACCACAAGUACAUAAUCAGGCCAUGGGAGUCGAGAACAGAAUCUUUGGGUCUUUCGUCUUUGGCAGAGCUGAUGCAAUAUAUGAUCAUAGAUCUCUAUAAUCACACAUCGCAACAUUUUAUUUAUCACAUAUGAUAUAUUUCUAAGUUUUUUUUUUUUUUGCAACUAUAUAUUUCUAAGUUAAUUGUAACGAAGUAUGUAUCUCGGUGUUAUUUCAAAACUCUUACAAAUCAAGACUUUAAAUGAUAAGUUGAUAACCGAAUGAAUAUAAAUUAACAAGUGGAUUAAUAUUUGAACUUUUCUGAAAGAAGGCAUACACUAAUAUUAGAAUUUUAAGAUGAUUGAAUUGACUAAAUAUAAUUUCACCAAAUUCUUUCGAUAACUCUGUCACUAUUUUAGUUUAAAAUACCUAAACUAGUAAUGAUAGCCUAUAGGUAAAAAGAAAGUUUAGGAUUUGUAGAUACGUCAAUUUAGAUCUGGAAUACUGUUAUGAACUAAGUUAUCAUCGUUUGACGAGAUGACAUAAAAUUAUGUUUUAUGCCUUUAAAAGAAAUUCGAAACCGGACUAUUUGUUUGUACUAUCUUCCUAAAAAUAUUAGUUGGUCUUCAGUUCAAAUACAUUCGGUCAAUGAAAAAAACAUAAAGUGAAUUUCGUGGAAGUUUGACCCCUUAAUACAAAAUUUAUUAAAUAAGAAAAUAUUAACAUAUUACAAAUAAGUUAAAUUAUUACAGUAAAAUUAUUCUUUUCUAAUAAAGUCCAAUAUAUUUUUAUUUAUAAUAAAUAAUUUGAUUAUUAAUAUUUUAUUUUUAUAUUAAAUCAAGAAAAUGUAUAAUAUAUAGUAAAAUAUUUUUUUAUUUGUUGAUCAUCGAUAUUCGGCAGGUCGAAAUCCAACCAAUUAAUCUCGGAAACGUGUGCACCAGCAACAGAUGGAUCUGACUACCAAUAAAGAGAGUUAGAUAUUCCUAUCGCAUAAUUACAUGGAUGGAUAAUCUAAAUGUGAGAUUUUAAAUCUGGAUCCUUUAGAGACUUUCCGAAAUGUUUUCACUACCUGACUACAUCUGUGCUUAGUAAAAUGAUUUUUUUUUUAACUUAGUAAAAUGAUUUUUGAUAUAUCUAUUUCAUAAAUUUUAGAUUAUUAUGUAGUUUAAUGUAUUUUUUUUCAUUAGUCUACAAUAAUGCAAUAUUACCAAUCAGAACCCGCGUGUUGUAGUUUCAAUCCCUUCAAAAAAAUCUGCAUAUUUAAAUUAGCUUUAACGAUGAUAUUUAUAAGGAAAAAAAUCUUUUCUCGGAGAGUACGCAUCCUUUUUUUUCAUCUUAAUGAUAGGUAACAAAAAUGGUAGAAACAUUUCAUGAGAGAGAGAAAAAAAACCCGAAGAAACAUAAAACCCAGGCAUAAAACACGUGAUUCCCUCUAUCAAUCCUUGUCCGGAUGACAUUUUUGUAACUGACUUGAGGAAAUAUUAUUCAUUUUCGUCUCUUUUACCAACUCGCCGAAUCUCUCUUCUGUCCUUUUCCUUCUUCUUAAUUCUCUUCUUCAACCAAAGGUUUCGAUGGAGGCUAUGCUACUCAACCCCACUUUUUACAAUCCGCCGCCAAGCCUCAAUCUCGCCAACUAUUCUAGACCCGUCUCGUAUUUUUCCCGUAAAUCGAGAUUUGGACCACCUGGAUCUCUCUCCAUCCGACACUCCGCAGUUUCGCCGAUCCGAUACUCGAGGAGUCUAAGGGUGGACGAGAGCGAGAGCUUGACACUUGACAGCAUAAGACACACUUUGAUUCGUCAAGAGGACAGCAUCAUCUUUAACCUUCUUGAGCGAGCUCAGUAUCGCUACAACCCUGACACAUACGACGAAGAUGCUUUUGCUAUGGAAGGGUUUCAAGGAUCUUUGGUCGAGUUUAUGGUCAGAGAGACUGAACAGCUCCAUGCUAAGGUGGACAGGUACAAGAGUCCAGAUGAACAUCCCUUUUUCCCACAAUGCUUGCCUGAGCCAAUCCUUCCCCCCAUUCAAUACCCACAGGUACUGCAUCACUGUGCUGAUUCGAUAAACAUCAACAAGAAGGUGUGGAACACGUACUUCAGACACCUUCUUCCCAGGCUGGUCAAUCCAGGGGACGAUGGUAACUGUGGUUCAGCUGCUGUCUGUGACACAAUGUGUUUGCAGAUUCUUUCAAAGAGAAUCCACUUCGGUAAAUUCGUUGCUGAGGCCAAGUUUCGUGAGAAUCCAGCUACCUAUGAAACAGCUAUCCGAGAACAAGACCGGACACAACUGUUGCGACUUCUGACGUAUGAAGCAGUUGAAGAAGUAAUCAAGAAAAGAGUUGAGACUAAAGCCAGAAUUUUCGGUCAAGACAUAACGAUCAACGAGCCAGAGACUGGAGCUGGAGCUAAUCCUUCAUACAAAAUCAACCCUAGCUUAGUUGCUAAACUCUAUGGUGAAAGAAUCAUGCCCCUCACAAAGGAAGUCCAAAUUGAGUACUUGCUUAGGAGGCUUGAUUGAUGAUGUUAUCAUCAAGAAGAAAGGGAUCAUAACUUUUUUGUAUUUGAUCUUUAAUUUUAUAAAACUGUAAUGUGACAACCAGCUCAUUUUAGCUAGUCAAGUUGAGUUUAUUACAGAUGUAAACCGAGAAUCAAAAACAAAUGAACUAUUCUGAGAACAAUAAAAAAAUCUUUCUGAGGUUCA